AGAAAGAAGAGCAGUCUUACAGUUAUAACUCAAAGAAUUUACGUAUCGCUCAGUGUCGAAAGCAAAAAUGGCGUCUCACAGACAGACCUACCGAGCUGGUGAAGCCAAGGGCCAAGCUCAGGAAAAGACAAAUCAGAUGAUGGACACAAUUGGGCAGGAGGCCCAAGAAGUAAAGGACAAGACCCACGAGACAGCCCAGGCAGCCAAGGAGAGAGCAAAGGGUGCAACUCAAACAACUAGAGACAAGGGCCAAGAGAAGGGACAAGUUACAAAGGCAAAGGCACGGCAGAGCAAGGAGGCGACCGAGGAGAAGGCCUCGGAGGUAGGCCAGAAGGCCAAAGGCACCGCGGACGCUGGCAAGGAGAAGUCGGAGGGGUUCCUCCAGCAGACCGGAGAGAAAGUGAAGAACAUGGCACAGACUACUACUGAUGCUGUCAAGAAUACGUUGGGCAUGGCAAAGGACGACGAGGAAGAAGAUGUUGUUUACUCUAGGAAGGAGAGGGACUAGUUUGAUGUUGUCUUAUGUUGGUUUACUGUCUGUUUCUUCAGUAUGUGUUGUGUUUGUGUGUGUGUGUGUGUUUUAGCGUGUUUGUUAUGUCGUUGUCAGGGCAAGUAUUUGAAGUCCUGUGCUUCCCACUCUAUGUGAGAUGGGGAUGGGGAUGUUGUUGCACUUGGUUUUAUAGUGUUGUAGGAAUCAGAUUGUAAUUUUCAGUAACUUAUGAAAUGCAAUCUGCCGAAUAAUUUCUGUUUA